CCUUAACGUGCAAUUUUUGGGCCCGGCAACAUUGUUUUUUGUACUCACCAUCCUUCAAAUCUUCUUUUACAUUUAAUAUCAUGUAGAUUGCAAGGGGUGGACUGAAAAACUUGAAAACCAGGCUUCUUACAGAAAUCAACCUAUGGUUUAAUAUAUUCGACUGGUGUAAAGAACAACUGAUUAGCGUAACCUACAUGGCGGCAGAAAUUACCCGACGAGGAGGAGGAAUACGAUGUCCAAGUAGAGGUGAAGUCGAGUGAUGUUCCCAAAAGAGCCGCCAAUCAAAAUAUCUAUGGUGUUGCCAAGGGACUGGAUUUAAAUAAUUCCUGAUCAAUACAUGAUACGUAAUUAUGGGGGCAGAGAGUUCCUGAGUUUAGGAGCAGAAAAGGAAAAAGAGCGUUCACAGGAGAGGAUUCGAUUGAUAAGGAUUCGAAACGAUGCGUUUUAAUGCAUGUUUUUUAGUGCUGUUCUGUGUUGUUAUUAUUUGCAGAGGUCAGGAAAAAUGCUGUAAUAAUCAUAACAUCUACACUAUCACUGGUGAAAGGAUAACCGGUGAGAUUGAAGGCCAACACCUUCGCAUAUUCAAGCAAACUGUUAUUGCGGUGAAUGAUAUGAAUCAAUCUCGUUUUUUCUCCAACGUCACAAUAAUAGAAGGCAGAGACAUAACAAAUUAUUUGGUCUUACAAGACUUCAUCCAGGGGAUCUAUUGGUUCAUUUAUCCUGAUAUACAAGAAUGUUAUACGUACUUUCUGCCAGUGGGAAUGAAGCUGCCAAGCGAGUGUGUUAAAGAUAAUGCAGAAUAUCUCAACCAAUUCAAUGACCCUGGCGAUGUGCUAGUUAUUAGGUGGCAGUAUGAAUAUGACUAUGAAUCUGAUGGGGAAAAGGGAGAGGGGCCAACAGACUUUACCGUGAACGGGUGUAUAAAAAGUGGAGGAUCAUUUGUUGGCACAUGGGAGAGUGAUGGAUUUGAAGUCGACGUAAUAUAUGGCUUUACUUACUACAACUUCGAGGUGUUAACUGAUGUUUCAGAAUAUUUUAUUCUUCCAUCUUACUGUAACGCAACUAUAAAUGUGGGCUAACUGAUGAAGUGGAAGGCGAUUGAAGCUGCGAAACGAUUUGCCAAAAUGAAGAGUUUUGUUGUAAACCACCGAUGAAGAAACGAUGAAGCUAACUGUGAAUCUUGAGUCAUGCUCAACAUGUUUCAAGAAUGACCUACGUGCCAUAUUAUUUAACUUUAAAAUAAAAAGAUUUACUUAGAUUAGAUAAAAUGAGUUUCGGAAUAUUUUAUUCUGCCAUCCUACUAAGAUUAGCGAGGUAAGGUUAAAACUGUGCAGUAUUCGAUAUUGAAUUUCGCACUCUGCAAUGUAAUCUGCACUUCAUGAAUAUUAAAAAUACAAUAACAUAAAUAAUUGCAUAUAUUUUUUUGUUUAGCAAAAUGUGUUAUUCUAAUUUUGUCUACAAGCUUUAAUUCAUUAAGAAAGAUGCUCAAUGCUAAUUAUUAGUGACCUGGUCAUACCAUAUUAGUCAACUUGACAAAUUUUGUUUGGGAGGAAAAAAUACCAUUGAAAAAGGAGAUAAGAUUUUAAAUAAAAUAUUUGAUUGAUCUA